GAAAAAGUAGGGAGAGGAGAACAAGGAGGAGAAAGCACAGAGGCGAAAGGGAGACGGGAGUCAAAGAAAGAGAAGAGAAAGAAGAAAGGAGAGAGGAGGACGGUAAGGCUGCUCAGAACUGAAAUGUCCCUGGCUUUGUGCAGAACUGGCAGGACUCUCCCUUCCAGGUGCCCGGAGGGACCCGGGGAAGUCCUUCUGCCCCGAGCUCCUCCCCCGGGACCCCAGGGGUGUCUGAGCGCCGGCUGCCGCUCCCCCCACAAAUUCCUCGUGGCAACGAGAGGAAGCGCGCCAGGUCUCCGCCGUCCCUUCAGUGCCCCAGCUGAUAAUUUACCUCUUUGUCUUUAAUAAAAAGCUGACUUUCUCUGUCAAGCCCUGCACCGGGAAAAUAACAAUCGUAUUUCAGGUUGAAAGCCCCUAUUACCGCUGGGUUUGGGAGGCUGUGAUAAAAAUCUUCCUCGACGUGAAGGUACCUUCUGGGUUGGCUUGGGUCGGAAGUCCUAAGAUGGGGGCCGCCCUUCCCCGGGGGCAGGGUCGCACGGAACCAGGCGGUGGGGAGGGAAGAGGAAGCGCCGAGGUCAGAGGAAACCCAAGGCUCCUGGGGCACCAAAGGGCUGCCCGCAGUCGGGAUGAGCCCUGGGGAGGAGCCUUUUGCGAGAAUGCGAGCGCGCCCCAACACGCCUCAGACCUCAUAAACCCACUUGGCAAAGACCCGGGAAGCGGCUGGCCGACCGACUGCGGUGAACUCGAGAAAUUAACCUGCGCUACAAUUAAACGGGCUGCCGCCCUUUCAGACUCACCUCCAGCGACCGAACAGAGAGCUCCCGAACCGGCCGCGGGGGGACCUGGCUCCUCCCUCCCGUCCCAGGAGAAGAGGACAAAAAGGGGAGAUGGACUUGGAGAUGGCCCCGCCCUUCAAACGCUCCAAUCCUUGGAAACUAAACCUCCUCUCCAAGCCUCCACGUCUAGAAGGGACAAAGGCAGCGAGGAGCUCCACAGACCGAUGGGUGGCUUUCGGGCUUCUCAUGUGGGUGCACUGGGGGAAAGGUACAAUGGCUAAGUUUCCAUUCCAAAUACAGGACAGUCUUUAGAAGACCAUCUUCUGGUUUAGCAGCGAAUUGACUUCCCCAAGCCGAGAAGCGAACUAUUGCAGAACUCCCGCAAAGCCCUGCUUUUUGAAUGUGGAAAGGCUACAGUUUCAAUGAAUGAUGCCAUACACAAUUUCGUCGACUUCUUUGAGGUCACAACUGCCUUAACUCUCCAACUAAAACAACAGAAGAUACUCAACACGGUUGGGGAUUAGGCUUUUUGUUUGCUUGUUUUUAUUGGGGGCAGUUUUCAUUCAAAUGAUAGUAAAGCAAGUGGAUAGAUAAAAGCUAGGUCAGUCAAGGAAAGCGCUGCGGCUGAAGGUUUUAGUGAAAACCUCGAUAAAGUUGGCACUUAAGUAACUGUAAUUAUGCUUUGCCAUUAGCGGACAAUUAAGAUAACAGGAGAAAGUUCGCACCUCCUGCUAGGUCAUUCCUUAAGAAAAUUCACAAGGAUAACACAAGCCUACCUGGUAGGGUAUCUUCUCCACCAGGAAGGUUAAUUUCUAAAUUUUUUGCAUUAAAAAUGGAAAAGCUUAGUUUUUGUACACAGCCAACAACGUAAGGGAAGUCUUAUGGGGACAUGUUGACUGCGUAAAAUUUACCUUUUGAUGCUGUAUCCCAUGCCAUUAUGUCCCGGAGUCAUAUGGGAUUUCAAGACUUUAUUAUAAUGUUCAUGAGGAAAUAUGAACGUGUUGGAAGUCUGGACUUUCUUCUCCCUUAUCAUGGGUGACUGGCAUGCAGGCUCCUCAUAAAGGGAAAUUAUGGCUCAUCAAAAGAGUGACUUUAUGAGCAUUAACAGAAUAAUAAAUCUUGCUAUUUUAGUUCAAGAAACAGUGGAGUCCUACAAUGAGAGUGACCCAUGCAAAUAUGAUCUACUUAGGUGCCCACCUCUAGAAGGAUUGGGGUAGCCUAUAAAUCAUUUUGGCUUUUAAAGGUUUAGGAAAGAAAGGCACCCAGAUCUCUCAAAGAAGUGUUUUCUGGGAGGAAAAGGGCCUCUGUCACCUGCAGGAAGCAAUCAUGGAAAGAAGAGCUGGUCCAGAGGCUACAUUAAAAAGACAGAAUUUCAACUGGAGCUAUUCACUCCUGUUCUUGUUCUGUCAUUGUUACAAUAUUUACAUUAUAUCAUAUAAAAAAAGAAAAGUCCUCCUUACAAAAACUAUUUUUAAAAAAAGCCAACCCAAAAUUCCAGUUUAUAACCCCACUUUCUAAAUUCCAGCUGGAAAACUGUUCAUGCUGAUGAUUUUAGCAAAACAAAGAGCAAAUGAAUUGAGUAUGGCUUUUUCAGAAGUCUCAAUUAUUCCAUCUUUAAACAUUUGACCAUAUUGUGACAGACCUCUUGAACUUGGUGGUAUUUUCCCGCCUAUGCAAAACUUCUUUUCAGCACAGUUCAAUGUAGUCUUUUACUAUUUGAGUUUCUGAUUUUCAAAGGGUUAUUCUAAAUCCUCAAGAUCUUCUACUGUCGUUGGAAAUUACUCAGUCUUUAAAAAGGUUUUUUUUUUUUAUUUCAAAUUCAGUAAUUAUGGAUCCACCAAAUAUCUACAAAGUUAAGUCACUAACACUUUCCUUCCGAGCCCUUACAGAAAAAUCAAUAUAUUCUCAUAAACCCAUAUCCAAAUAUGUAUAACUAGUUGACUAGUGUCCAUGCCUAGGGAGGAGUGACGAAAAAAAGACAAAGGUGGAUAAUUUGUGAUUCUGAACAGCUCUCAAAGGAAUGGAAAUUGCAUGACUUAUAUUAAAUUUACUUCAUAUGAAUCUUUGUAUAUAUAUACCUUUGGAUACCAGAGAGUAUAGUUCAAUAGCAAUGUUCUAAAAUUCCAAAAAAAAAAAAAAAAGAGUCUUUCUCUCUUAGUACAAGUUAAAUUUACAGUUCUAUCAAACUAGUUACCAUAAUAUGGAACAUUCAUAUGUAAUAUCAUUCAAUCAUUGAAUAUCUAUUUAGCAGCCACAAUGUGCCACACUUAGAGCUGAAUAUUAGGGAUGCAAAGAAGAAUAGGAGACAAUAGGUUAGAGUCUCAACGCAUGAUCUACUUGUUGACCCACUAGCUUUAAAAUCACAUUACUUGGUUAUAGAACUUUACUUUGUUUUUUGGGUUUUUUUACUUUCUCAAAAGCAAUACAGGAAUUUAGCCAAUUUGGGGACUAUAAUUAACUUGAACGUAACUUGCUCCUAUUAUGAAGUUAUUGAGAACUCGUAUUUCGUUAAAGUAAAAUUUUGGGGCUUCAUUUUAAAGUCAAUAUCCUACUUAACUCAUAUUUAUACAUGAAUUUCUUAAUAGAGGAGAUCUUUUUAGGAAAGAGCAACCUGAGCUCAACUAUGAUUAGAUUAACCAAAAUGCAGAAGAAAAAGACUCAGCUGAGAGAUUGCCCAUUUGUUGAAGCAUCCUUCUCUAGCAGAAAGACCAGUAUUUCCAGAUUCCUGCUACUUGCUCUGGAAACUAAAGCUUAGAGAUGGGACUUGACUUGGUCAGGACCACAGAGCUGGUCAGAGGCAGUCAACUCUAGAAGUUUUGCCUCUAUGGCAUUUUCCUGAAGUUACUGUUCUCAGAUCACUUCAAGAUUGUUUUGUUUACAUGUUAUUUACUGAACAUAUAUUAUUUUAAAAUCAACUUUAAAAAUAAAUUAGCUUUAUCAAAAGCAAUAAUACCCAUUAUAUCACAGGUCUGGUGGGCUAUUUUAUAUAUACAUUUUCAAUAUGUAUCAAAAUAAAUAUAUUAUUAAAAUUAACUGGAUUAAAGCACAGUCUGAUAGUAUACGUGCCAAACUGUAUGUUUGGUAAGGGGUUAGAGAAAUGGAAAAGAAAAUGUUGUUUGAGCUAUUUUUGUGUGUACAAACAUGAAUCAUUUUUACACUUUAAAAAGUAAAUAACAAUAAAAAUAAUAAUAAUAAUGUGGUCUAGCAGUGACUACUAUACCCCCAAAUUAAGCCCUCCCAUUAUAUAUUCCUAGUAGGAAUUAAAACUUGACACAAGUCUUUUUAGCACAAUUAACAAUAUAUAUUUAAAGUUUUAAAAUUGUCACACCUUUUGUCCCCCAUUCCUCCCCUAAGAAUCUAUCCUAAGGGACCAAUCAGAAAUGGAGAAAAAAACAUAUACAAAAAAAUGGCACAGGUAAAGUGAGUAAUUGAAAAUAACUUGUGAUUAAGAAAGAGAAGAGAAAUGGUAAAUAAAUAAGAAUAUAUCCCCCCUAUGAUGUAGUAGGCAGCUUAAAAUUGUUAGUAAGAUUUUGUAAUUAAAUGGAAAAAUGGCCUCCUGCUAGGUAAAAGACCUGGAUACAAAAUUAUGAUCACUGAUUAUUUUUUAUAACACACACACACACACACACACACAAAUCACCUUGAAAGGAAAUAUACCAAUGUGUCAAUAGUAAAUUGACCUCUCAUAAAAAAUUUAGAAAAU